CAGUUAGAGUUGCGAAUACAUGAAAGUGAUAUGUCAGAUAGUGAUAAAAUUAAAACACUUCAAAGAGAAGCUGCUAAAGAAUUAGAGCCAGUAAAGGAACCAAAAAAGGAAGAAGAAAUAAAGCGGCCUGCUCCAGUGAAAAGACCGGAAGUUCCACCUCCCCCUGUACCUCCUCAUGCAACACCUCCUGUACCUCCACGUACUGAACUUCCUCCAGUACCACCUCAUGUUGAAAAAACAGAUAUUCCAAUAUAUGCAAAGGUUGUGAAAAGAAAAUCAUCAGCUAAAACUCUAGUUAUUAGUGAGAUGAAAGCUCAUCGGAAAGCUAAGGAAGAAAUGAAACCUGCUGUUCCUCCCAGAAUGUCGCUUGAAUUGAAAGGGGACAUUGAUCUCACAAAGUUUAGAGCACACACAAUUAAUAUCGAUGGCAUACCAAAAACUGGAUUUGAUUUUUUAGACAACUGGUAAGGCUUGCCAAAGAUACCUUCAAUGCCAGGAGAUCUUCAUUUUGUAUAUUUAUUAAUGAAAUUUGGAUUUGCUAUCUGCUCAUUAUCGCUCAUAAGUCAUACUACUUAUAGACUCAGCAUGAAUUUUUGUAGUGUUUUUAUUAUGACAUGUAUUUGUAUAAUUACUAUUUCAUGUUGCUGUUGUAAUUAAUGUGAUAUGUGAUGUAUUUAUUAUGCAAGAUGUUUCACUAGAUAUUUCUCUCAAAGAACUAAAUUCAUGUUUUCUCCACUGCACACAAAAAUAUGUUUUAUUUUGAAAUGACUGUGAAUUGAGUGGUAGUAAUAUUCAUAAAAUAACAGUUUCUGUAGAUUUUACAAUCAUAUUAAGUCAUUUAGUUGAAGGUUAUUUAGUCUGUGUGCAGAGUAAUUCCAUCUUGGAAAAUGUUAGAUGACAGUCUAUAAAAGGAACAGCUUGAAUUUUUAGUGAAACUUGGGAGAUGUCAAACAAAAAAGAAGAUGUUAAAAAAAAUUUGAUGCCACAGGCUAUGUUUCUUACUAGUAGAGUAGCCAGACUUCUUUUUUAAUGAGUAUUUAUCACAUAAUUGUGGCCACUUCUUUCCAUCAUUUUAAGUCUACCCAGAUAUGAGAUCCUGAUAUAAAAAUACAGUACAAAGUCCGAGAUCCAGCAUUGUCGGGACUUCGGUGAUUCCAGAUUUGGGAUUUUUCCGGAUAUUAGAUCAUCAGUUUAAAUCUAGUGAGAUGGCAUGCAGAAAUUAUAAAA